GAGCCUGAGCCACAUUUGAACCAAUGGUAGGACGAAUGGGACUGCUUCAGCCAAUGACAAACUAGUCUGAGUACGCACUCCGUUGGACGACGACGGUCAUGGACUGGAGUAGUGUCCUUUUCGGUGUAACAAACUUUUAGCAUUUUGUUUCGAAACGGGCAAAACGGAGUGAGGUGGGGGAGCUGCUCUGAGCAGUAAUGGGGGAGAUUGAGGGUUCAUACCGGGUCCUGCAGACCCCUGGCGUGAGGCUGGGAGCCCAGUUCAAUGCUGGUAUCAGCACCUUGGAGCCGGGCCAGAGCCUCAGUGGCAACAUGGUCAGCGGGAGCAGAGGCCAUGGGCGAGGACUACAGAUCCGUGUGCAGGGGCUGGACGACUCCCAGGAGUUCUUUGAUAUUGACCCAAAAGCUGUUGGACAGGCGCUCCUCUCGGAGGUUUUCUUGAGAGGCAACCUCAUAGAGAGUGAUUACUUUGGCCUGGAGUAUCAGAACAUGCAGAUGAACUGGGUUUGGCUCGAACCCACAAAAUUUGUUGUGAGACAAGUCAGAAGACCAUCAAAUACACUUUUUAGGCUGUCAGUGAAAUUCUUUCCUCCAGACCCCGGUCAGCUGCAGGAGGAGUACACAAGGUACUUAUUCUCACUGCAGAUGAAGAGAGACUUGAUGGAGGGAAGGUUGGUCUGCACAGAGAAUACAGGAGCCCUGCUGGCCUCACACCUCGUCCAGUCGGAGAUCGGUGACUACGAUGAUGUAGCAGACAGGGACUUCCUGCGGGCGACCAAGCUGCUGCCUUACCAGGAGAAAGUGCAGGAGAGGAUCAUGGAGCUCCACCGCAGGCACCUGGGCCAGACUCCAGCCGAAUCAGAUUUCCAAAUCCUGGAGAUUGCUCGUAAACUGGAGAUGUACGGUGUCCGCUUCCACCCAGCAGCUGACCGGGAGGGCACCAAGAUUAAUCUGGCUGUUGCUCAUAUGGGCCUUCAAGUUUUUCAGGGCAACACAAAAAUCAACACCUUUAAUUGGUCCAAGAUUCGCAAACUAAGCUUCAAGAGAAAACGCUUCCUGAUCAAGCUUCACCCAGAGGUUCAUGGUCCCCAUCAGGACACUCUAGAGUUUAUGAUGGCCAGUCGAGACCAAUGUAAAAUCUUCUGGAAGAUCUGUGUGGAGUAUCACUCAUUUUUCCGUUUGUUUGACCAACCCCAACCCAAGUCCAAAGCUAUCCUCUUCACCAGAGGCUCUUCUUUCAGAUACAGUGGAAGGACCCAGAAGCAACUUGUGGACUAUGUCAGGGAAAAUGGAGCAAAGAGAACUCCAUACCAGAGGAGGAACAGUAAAAUACGAAUGUCUGCUCGCUCCCUCGCCACCGAUGUGCCAAAACAGAGCUUGUCAUUCAAUGACAGUCUCAGGGCCCCAGGCUCCCCCUCCUCUGCUACUGUGUCCUUCCACCCUGCGCACAUCUCUAGCAUCCUCCCGCGAACAGAGCUCCAGCCUCAGCCGCAGCCUUUGCCCACAAUGAGCCGGUCUCCAGCGCCUCCCCAGCAACAGCAGCAGCAGCUUCAGUCCCCUCUGCAAGCUACCAGACCCCCCAGCCCUCCGAAGGAAGAAGCUGUCAAGGCCGCUUCCCCAUCUCACUUCACUUUUCAAGAUUCAGUCGACAGCCCUCAGCUCUCCCCCUGCAACUCCAAAGGUCCCCUCUGCCUGUCGCCCUCCUUCCAGAUGUCGACCCUCAGCCUGCCGGGCCAGGCCCCGUCGCCCCUGCAAAGCCCCAUCCUGAGCGAGGUGGGCAGCAAUGCCAGGCUAGAGGAGGAGGAGGAGGGCAGGAGGAAGCGUUAUCCCACCGACAAGGCCUACUUCAUUGCCAAAGAGAUUCUGACCACAGAGCGAACGUACCUGAAAGACCUCGAGGUCAUCACAGUGUGGUUUCGCAGUGCUGUGAUCAAAGAAAACGCCAUGCCUGAAGGCCUGAUGAACCUCCUCUUCUCCAACAUCGACCCCAUCUAUGAGUUCCAUCGAGGCUUCCUCAAGGAGUUGGACCAGAGGCUGGCUCUCUGGGAGGGACGCUCGAAUGCUCACGUCAAAGGGGACUACCAGAGAAUCGGUGAUGUGAUGCUGAGGAACAUGUGUGCUCUGAAGGAGUUCACCAGCUUCCUGCAGAAACAUGAUGAAGUGUUAACGGAGCUGGAGAAAGCCACCAAGAGGCUGAAGAAGCUGGAAACGGUCUACAAAGAGUUUGAGCUGCAGAAAGUCUGCUACUUGCCUCUCAACACAUUCCUGCUCAAACCCAUCCAGCGCCUCAUGCAUUACAAACUCAUCCUGGAGAGACUGUGCAAACAUUAUUCUCCUUCUCACCGUGAUCAUGAUGACUGCAAGGAGGCUCUGAAGGAAGUGGCUGAGAUAGCCACUCAGCUCCAGAGCAGUCUGAUCCGGCUGGAGAAUUUCCAGAAGCUAACGGAGCUGCAGAGAGACCUGAUUGGCAUAGAGAACUUAACAGCACCAGGCAGGGAGUUCAUUCGAGAGGGAUGUCUGUACAAGCUCACCAAAAAAGGACUGCAGCAAAGGAUGUUUUUCCUGUUCUCAGACAUGCUCCUGUACACAAGCAAAGGUGUCACAGCGACCAAUCAGUUCAAAGUGCAUGGUCAGCUGCCCCUUCACGGCAUGAUCGUUGAGGAAAGUGAAAACGAGUGGUCAGUCCCCCACUGCUUCACAAUCUACUCUGCUCAGAGGACCAUUGUCGUGGCUGCCAGCUCUAAAGUGGAGAUGGGGAAGUGGAUUGAGGAUCUGAACUUGGCUAUUGACUUGGCCAAAAAGUCCCAAGAGAAAUCCAGCAUCUUCCUUGACGCUGGACUCGGCGAUCACUCCAACCGAUCAUCUGAUGAGGUUUCUCUGGAGCAGGAGUCGGAGGAUGACAUGAACUCCUCCCGUACAUCACUGGACAAGCAGACACACCACCGUGCCAACACAACCAUGCAUGUGUGCUGGCACCGCAACACCAGUGUGUCUAUGUCUGAUCACAGCCAGGCUGUGGAGAACCAGCUCUCCGGUUACCUCCUGAGGAAGUUCAAGAACAGUAACGGCUGGCAGAAACUCUGGGUCGUUUUCACCAACUUCUGCUUGUUCUUCUACAAGACUCAUCAGGACGACUUCCCGCUGGCCAGCCUCCCGCUGCUUGGCUACACAGUCAGCACCCCCGAGGAGUCGGACAGCAUCCACAAGGAGUACGUCUUCAAACUGCAGUUUAAGUCCCAUGUUUACUUCUUCCGCGCGGAGAGCGAGUACACCUUUGAAAGAUGGAUGGAGGUGAUCAAGAGUGCAGCCAGCACUACGGGCCGGAUGAGCCUCCUCAUACCCAAAGGAGGGCCCAUGGAGAUAAACGGAAACUGAUUCAAACAUGUCGUAUCUGGAGGCUGGGCCUCUGGGACAUCACAACGACGAUCCGGUCUCGUUCUCGGUGUCGUUUUUCAUGUGAAGGGAAGACGAUAACAACUGGAGACUGAAAGAUACUGCCAGUUUAACAUUUUUCAGCCUAAGGAUUUAAUUCUAAUGGCAUUUUUCUUUUUGAUUAAUGAUGUAAAUGAUAACAUUUCAGUAUACAGGAUAUAAUGAAAGGGAGACAUGUACAUUUUGGUCAGUUUUUAAGUGUGUGCUGCUCAGUUCACAUAGACUGAUGGGAAAUACUGUUAUAUGGGACCAACGCAAAGGGCUUAAAUUCAGGCUUUUUGAAGGACUUUUUCUCUUUAUUAGCACAUGGUGGCUGAAGCUUUGUUGGGUACAGUGUGCUGUGACACAUGAUAUACAGUAUGUGGGAAAUGAAGGUAAAUGAUGGUAUGUGCUCUCUGCAUUGUACUUUGAAAGAGUCAGAGGUGUGUGUGAGAGAGAUGGAGGCGAGCAGAAAGUUCAUGAGAUGUUGAAAACAAGUACACGACGAGUUAGUUUUAUGGAGAUGCAUGGGAAGUUUUUUGAGAAAUUCAUGCUGCUGUUAAGAUGGUGACACACAAGCGUUGUUUCCAAACAUUGGAAAAAAACAUUUGGAGGGUUUUAAAGGGACAGUGGGGUUGUAUGAGGUACUUAAUAAGUGUAUUACCUACAGUACAUUCCCCAGAAACAGGAAGAAGUACUGACACAGAAGCUAAGCAACGUACUGGUGUGCACGGGGACAGCGGAAAAAAUGUAUUUAGCUGGCUAAAAAUCUAUUCAAUUACAAUUACAUCUGUUUAAGUCUACAAUGUAUUUACAAUGUUUUCAUCCCUUUACCUUACCGUCAGACAGCCCUGUUUAAGUGUAGGCAGGCAUAACUGAAGCCAUUAUCUAUCAUCUUGUCAAAGCCACCAGACUAUUGACAAAAAUGUUAAAUUUACCUCACAGAACAGUGGAAUUCUUAGUCUAACACCACACCGAUUGGUUAGAUUGUUUUUUUGUGUGACUUUAGUGUAUUAAAGGGUUAUUUCAGAUUCACAAAAAUUACACAAUGACACAGUCUUAUUGAUCCUGAGGCACAUCCUGUGUACUGUUUUUGUCAAAGGAGUCUGGAUUCAAAAUACAAUGGACGCUUAAACCAGCCAUGUCCAAACUAUUCCUUGAAGGGCCAUGCUGCUGCAGAUUUUUGUUCCAACCAAUCAAGAACACACCUGAUUCGACUGAUCAGCUGUUUGAACCCUGAGAUCAGUUGAUUAAAUGACUCAUGCAUGUACAUGAGUCUUCUGCUUGAUUGGACGGAAAACCUGCGGCUAAAUGGCCCUUUAUGGAAUAGUUUGGACAUGCCUAUCUUAAACUGCUGCUGAUUGCCACAGCAGCUUCUCUCAGUACUCCUGCCUGCAUCUCCAAUGCCUACUGCCAUCCACUGUACCUAAUACACUAACUAAGGAUAAGUACUUCAUACAACCUAACUUCUAUAACUCCAAACUAUCCCUUUAGGAACCAACUUGUAUGAACUAUUCUUAUAAGCAGUAUUUAUUUCUAUCUGAGGCUUUUUGUUCCUGUUAAUGGAAGGAUGCAAAGGAUGUUUCAAGUGUUCUAAAGGGAGCUGUUCUGUUCUGCUUAAAUCUUUAGUUAGGCAGCGUUAUGGCCAGUUUGGUGCUACGUUUCUCUCUUUAAUAUCACAUGUAAUCAAAUGUAUCCUGUUUUGUUUUUUUGCAUAGGGAUAACAACUUGAGGAAAUAUUGUGCAGUGGUUACUCUAGCGUUUACUCUAUGUAAAAGAUUUUUUCUUCUAAAAGCAUUCAGACGAACAUAUUUUUGAAGUUCUUGGUGGCGAUGCUGUCUUUCCUGUGUGUCGCACUGUUUUAGACAAAUGGGAGCUGAUGUAUGGGAGACACCAAUGACGCUUGUUGCCAGUAAUUUAGGCGCUACAUGCACCCAUGGUAUUAUUUGGUAUUUUUUUGUAUGAAGACUGGAAUCUUUACCCUUUUGAGUGUGCAUGUGUGUGUGCUUGUGUGCGUGCAUGUAUGUGUGUGUGCGGAGAAGCCACUGGAGCUGUAACGUCAGGUGAUGAUAGAGGUUCGUCUCCAAAACCAUCUGACAUUCUGUGUGUGAGAGACUGACUGUUGCACAGGUAACAUACAGUUUGUUCAUCCUAUUUAUUGUUUAGCAUGUCGUCAGGGCCAUGCUCCUGAACGCCCCCCAUGUAGUGUCCAUGUUAUUCCAUUGAAAACCUAACAAAUAAAAUAUCUUUCUGUGA